GGCUGCUCUUCAGCUCCGGAGGUGCCAUCCCGGGCCGUGACUCCGCUCCAGGCGGGGCCCCCGACCUACCCGGCGCGCUCCGCCUGCGACCCAACGCGGCCGCCCCCAGACCCGUUGCCCGCGCCGCGCCGGAGGCCCGCGCCCCGACGGACGCCAGCGCCCCGCUCCCACGCCCUCGCGCGGCGCCCCCGACCGCGGAGGGCUCCCCGAGCCCUGCCCGCCAUGGCCCGGAUCCCGACGGCAGCCCUGGGUUGCAUCAGCCUCCUCUGCCUGCAGCUCCCCAGCGUGCUGUCCCGCAGCCUGGGCACGGACCGGCGUCCCGUCAAACCCAGGGAGGUCCCAGUCCGGACUUCCAGCGGCCUGCAGCCCAGUCACCCCGCAUCCCGACCUGUGAUCUGGAAUCUUCACCAGGCCCUCCAGCCACAAAGGGGUGCCAGCCUGGCCCUUGCUAUGGGUCAGCCUCUCCGAGAUGGUGGUCGCCAACACUCGGGCCCCCGAAAACACUCGGGCCCCCGCAGGCCCCGAGCCCAGCUCCUUCGGGUGGGCUGUGUACUGGGCACCUGCCAGGUGCAGAAUCUCAGCCACCGCCUGUGGCAGCUCAUGGGACCGGCUGGCCGGCAGGACUCAGCUCCUGUGGACCCCAGAAGCCCCCACAGCUAUGGCUGAGGUGGGGCUGGGCCACACCACUGCCCAUCCCAGCCAGGGUGCUAUGCCCCCGUCCAGAGCUGCAGGUGGGCCCCAUCCCCAGCUCAGUCCUUCAGAGCUGCAGACAGCAGGGCCUGCAGCAAGAAUACCUGCACAGCUUUGCACACAUAAACCCUUGCACACGUGUAGACCGAGGCUGGUCUACAUGCAGUGCUGGUACGUCAAGGAGCCUGAACACCCUGAAAUUGUGAGCACUCGGGGGACGGCUGCCAGACACAGCUGGUGGCAGCACCAGAUGCUAAAAAGACUUCCGAGACAUGGAGCUGAAGCCAGACCCUGAACACACAGGGCCACCCCUGGGCCAGCAGGGGAGAGAGGCUGAAUUGGCCGGAGUCGCCCCUCCGCUGCUGGUCCUGUCAGACUGAAGCCCGGCCU